UGAUGAUGUCUUUCAGACUGACGAUGCUGCUUUGCUGUCUUUGUCCCACAGAGGCAUCGCAGGUUUGGGUCCAGCAGCAGACAGACAAUGGACAGAUAGUGACCUCAAAACAGUCUGAGAAGUUACCAAGAGGUCAUCCGACGUCAUCUUCAGGGUAUUCUCGGAUCAACAGGGCCGUCGUGGGUGGAGAGGUAGCCAUCAACACCCUGCCUGACAAUAUGACACGUGUUGUGGAGGAUUCUGGCAGGUACUAUACAUGGCGUAGCUUUGGUCCCAAUGACCAGCGCACACAUGAACUCUGGGUAGACAUGAGUGACACCCGACACGGCCAAGUUAGAGUCCAUGGCAUUUUAUCCAAUACUCACAAACAGGCUGCGAGGGUUGCCCUGUCUUUUGACUUUCCUUUUUAUGGGCAUUAUCUGAGACAGAUUACCAUCGCAACAGGAGGGUUUAUUUUCACAGGGGACGUUACUCACCGUAUGCUUACUGCCACACAGUACAUCGCCCCACUGAUGGCAAAUUUUGACCCUGGCUACUCUAGAGAAUCCACUGUGCAAUACCUGGACAACGGGGAGGUGUUUGUGGUUCAGUGGGAGCGGGUUCGGCUCCAAGGCAAAGAAUCAGACGGGGCAUUCACCUUUCAAGCUGCUCUUUACAGAACAGGAAAGAUCACAUUCAGCUACCGAGAUAUCCCUCGUUCAAUAGAUUUGAUCAGUUCAUCUGAGCAUCCGGUCAAGGCAGGUUUGUCUGAUGCGUUCUUGGUGAUGUCACCUUCUCCUCAGUCAUCCGAUACUCAACCACAAACGAUUUAUGAAUAUCAUCGGGUUGAGGCAGACACAAUGAAGAUCACCAACCACUCCGCCUUCGAGUUCCUUCCACUGCCGACAUGCUUGCAACACCACAACUGUGAGCGCUGCCUGACUUCCAACCAAACAUCUGGCUGCAGUUGGUGUAACGUUCUCCAGAGGUGUUCUGAUGGUAUGGACAGGCACAGGCAGGAGUGGGUGGACUACGCCUGUUUGGAAAAGAGUAACGAUGUCAGCUGUGAGGAUUACUCCAGCGGUGAGGCUGACAGCUCCGCAGACCCCUCUGUCACACCAGACGCCGAGGCCAUAUCCUCUGCGUCUCCUCGAUGGAUUGGCUGUAAAAUUGACGACGUGAAGACGGAGUCUUCAGCGCAGAGUGACGGCUGGUUGAAUACAGGACUGAUAGCCGGCGUAUCAGCUGCUCUGGUCUUGGUCUUGGCUCUCAUACUGUUAGCUCUUUACAUCAACAACCACCACUCUGCUGCAUCACCGCUCUAUGUCCUGCAGCGGCGUCAGAGCUUCUGGCCUUCUCUGAAGUUUCACAAGUGCCAUUUUCAGGCCGGUUAUGCAGAAGUGGAAGGAGGUCAUGAGAAUGACAGCAUUGUUGAAGCUGGACCACGUUGAAGGGAUGAAUUUUAUAUAUACACACACAUAUAUAUAUAUAUAGAGAGAGAGAGAGAGAGAGAGAGACACUGUUAUUACUGUUUGUGAGUGAAUGUUUUAUUAAUUGUGGAUUUAUUAGUAUGUUCCACCUCUGCUGGAAGAGAAGCUGAUUGUAUUCCACUGUUUUAUUUUUGUUCUACGAUGCACACACAAUGACUAUGACAAGUUGAAUGAGGUCAAAUUAUAUAAGUUUUUAGGAAGCUUAUAUACUU